CCCUCAGCCGCUUCUCUUCACCCCACCGAUAAAGCUCUCAGCUUUUACUCCCGCCCACCUCUGUCCUUGCAGAUUUGGAAGAAAACAGAGAAAUUUAAGAUGCAGGGUAAGGAGGAAGACGUUAGCUUGGGAGCUAACAAGUUUCCCGAAAGGCAACCUAUCGGAACUGCUGCGCAGACGGAGGAGAAAGACUACAAGGAACCUCCGGCGGCGCCUUUUUACGAGCCUGGGGAGCUCAAAUCCUGGUCUUUUUACAGAGCUGGGAUAGCAGAGUUCGUUGCCACUUUCCUCUUUCUCUAUAUAACUAUACUGACUGUGAUGGGAGUGGUGAGCUCCAAUAAUAGGUGUAGAACAGUAGGAAUUCAGGGGAUCGCUUGGGCUUUUGGCGGAAUGAUCUUUGCUUUGGUGUACUGUACUGCCGGGAUUUCAGGUGGGCACAUCAACCCUGCAGUGACUUUCGGUCUCUUCCUUGCCCGAAAGCUCUCCCUCACCCGAGCUCUCUACUACAUGGUGAUGCAGUGCCUGGGCGCCAUUUGUGGCGCCGGCGUAGUCAAGGGCUUCAAGAAGAGCAUUUAUAUGGCCAACAAUGGCGGAGCUAAUGUCGUCAACCCAGGCUACUCCAAGGGUGACGGCCUCGGUGCCGAGAUCGUCGGCACCUUCGUCCUCGUCUACACUGUCCUGUCAGCCACCGAUGCCAAGAGGAAUGCAAGAGACUCUCAUGUUCCUAUACUUGCACCACUUCCCAUCGGAUUCGCCGUCUUCCUGGUUCACCUGGCCACGAUUCCGAUCACAGGGACCGGCAUCAAUCCGGCUAGAAGCCUCGGAGCUGCCAUAAUCUACAACAGGUCCCAUGCUUGGGAUGAUCAGUGGAUCUUUUGGGUCGGACCGUUCAUUGGGGCUGCGCUUGCUUCCAUAUAUCAUCAGGUUGUCAUAAGAGCCAUUCCGUUCAAGAGCAGGCCAUGAACUUAGUUUUCUGUACUUGUUGCUCCAUCUUUUCUUUCUUAUAUGGUAGCUGAAUCUCUUAUCUGCUUGCUUUGUCUGCUUCUUUGCUUUCUGUGGGUGUAAUUUCUGCUGUCAGCUUGUUUAGGGAUUUUGUAAAUUAUUGUGGGGAUGUUGAAGAACAGUUUUAUGGCGUGGAGUGCUGUCGCUCUUAUCUUGUUAUAUUUGGCUGUUUAUGAUGCAGUAAAAAUGAAACAGGAUCAUUUACAUA